CGUCAAAAGAGAGAUUGGCCUUUCAUUGAUUGUAAAAAAAGAAAAAAAAAAAAAGUUUGACAAUGACUGGCAGAUUAACUCGGUCUCAACGAAGACAACUUGAACAAGAAACACACCAAAAGAUCGAUCUCGAUGAUCUUACGAGUUUGAGCCUAGAAGACAUUGCCAGGGCAACUCCAACAAUAGCAACAAAGACCCAGACGAAAACAACGGGGAAACGAGAAAGUAAUAAAAGAAAGACAGCCAAGGAGACAGGCUCCUCGGCCGAAAGUUCAGCUGGACAGCAAGAAGAGGCGGAGGAGGAUGCUGGUCUUACAGACGAAGCAAUGACAUGGGAUGCCUCUCCAUUGGAGAAGGAGCUGGCUGGAGACAGUAAAGAUGCUGAAAGCGAACAAGAAAAAGAGAGUAUUGAAACAGACAAAGAAGAAACAGUAAAGGACACAGCAGAACAGCCAACGGUGCAGAGUGAUGCUGAGAGUACGUCGGAUAGCAGUAGUGAUUCUGAAUCCGAUGACGGUGAUGACACAGCGGAGGACAAAGAUGAGGAUGAGGAUGAGGAUGAAGAAGAAGAAGAAGAAGAAGCAGAAGAAGAAGAAGACCUGGAUGAAUUACUCAACAAAGCGCAACAAGCCAUGUUGGCCAAAAAGUCAGAAACCAUUGACGUUGACAGCACACCCGAUGAUAAUGGAUUAGCCCACCUUGAUACACGCCAUCUCAAAUUGGACGCCGGUCUUUCGACAAAAGACGAACUCUAUAUCAAAGCAGACAAAAAUGCAGGUCGACCCAAACUGGUCCCUGAGGCCGUGGCUUUUGUGGAUCCAAAGGAGAAAGCAUCCAAAAAGGCUUCUGUGGUGGUGAAAUCGACGAAAGACGACGAAACGUUCAUGACCAAGAAGCAGCGUCAGGCCGAAAGAGAAAAGACAACAGGAAAAGCAUGGUUCGAUAUGCCCAAAGCAGAAAUCACCGAGGAAGUCAAGCGAGACCUUCAAGUAUUGAAAAUGCGUCACAUUUUAGAUCGUAAGAGACACUAUAAAAAGAUGGGAAAGCGAUCCGAUCCCAAGUAUUUCCAGAUUGGUACCAUCGUUGAGGGACCCACAGAGUUUUAUUCAGCCCGUUUGAACAAGAAGGAACGUAAACAGACGAUUGUGGACGAGUUGUUAGCGAACGAAGAAUCAAAGCAAUAUUACAAGCGUAAAUACAGCGAAGUGCAAGAAAAGUCCAAUAGCGGAGGCAAGAAGCAUUUCAAGAAAUUAAAGGCCAAAAGACAAUGGGCUAAAUAGAUCUUUAUCCGUGGACGAUGACAACCCACUCCACAACCACAACCACGUAGCUAUGUAUAUAAAACAUUCAUGAUACCAACGUUUCUCAUUCAAUAAUAAAAAAAAGCCAGUCUAUUCUCUUGUCGUACAAUCGUCAUUUCUUUUUAAAUGAAGCCUAACCCCGCCUUUUUUUUUUUUAAAAACAACAACUCCACUGUCACCGAAUUCAUCUUUCUUUUUUUUCCCUUGAUGAAAGAAAAAACGAAAAUGGCGUUGCAGGCUUUAAAACGGUUCUCCACUUGUGAAGUAAAGUAUAAACAUGUCAUUUUGCCUAUCCAACCCGAUGUGUGUUGUCUGUUGACCGUCGUCUUUAUGUCUAGAUUGCCGAUGCUAUGAUCAAGCU